UAUUUCACUUGCUUUGGCAAUGUAAACAUAUGUUUCCCAUGCCAAUAAAGGUCCCUAAAUUUAAAUUGAAUUGAGAGAGAGAGAGAAGCAGAGAGUGAUAGAUUGAGUGAGCAAGGCAGAGGGGGGAGAUAGAGGCAGAGAGAGAGAGAGUGAGAAAGAGAGAAGCAGAUAAAGAGUGAUAGUAAAAGGAAACAGAGAGAGAAGGGGAAAGCCUGUGUUUCAGCUCUGAGGCGCUAACCGUCUCCCUCCAGACUGACCUUGCAGUCCCGCCCCUCCCUGACCCAGCAGGACUCUGACAUGCUCCUCUGUGUCUCUGUCUCCAGAUGGCCAACACCGUAACGUUGCUGUGCUGUGUAGUGCUAGCUGCUGUGGUGGUGGCAUACGCGCAGAGACGCAACCAGACAGGGGCCAGUAUUCAGUAUGAGCGUAUGGAUGGGGACGUGACUAUGCAGUGUGGCUCUCUGGACAGCGAUGCCAGCGUGACAUGGAAGGUAAACGGGACAGACGUGAAGGCACACCACCGGGAGGAGGGGUCUAGACUCAUACUGAUGGAGGUGGACCUCUCAAACAAUGGACUUUACAGCUGCUUUCAGAACCCCAAUGGAGAACGACGGGACCAGAUCAACCUGCGCAUCGGAACCUCACCUAGGGAACCCACGGUGACGUGUCGAUCCAACACCUACCCUAAAGGUUUCUACUGUAGCUGGCACCUUCAGCACCCCACCUCCAUACCCACAGACUUCGACGUCACCGUCCUACACAACCAGGAGUCCCUAGAAGUAACAAGGGAUGUGGUCCAUAAGAACCGCUGCCACGUUCUGUUCCCUGAGGUGUUCAGUAGCUACCCCUACAGAGUCAACGUUACAGCUGUCAACGCCCUGGGAAAAGCCUCCACCACCAUCACCUUUGAAGAGAUCAACAUAGGUUCACUUGGCACAUCUGAAGGAAACAGAUGAAUAGAGGGACAUGUGAAGGAAGGAAACAGAUGAACAGAGGGACAUGUGAAGGAAGGAAACAGAUGAUGAACAGAGGGACAUGUGAAGGAAGGAAACAGAUGAACAGAGGGACAUGUGAAGGAAGGAAACAGAUGAACAGAGGGACAUGUGAAGGAAGGAAACAGAUGAUGAACAGAGGGACAUGUGAAGGAAGGAAACAGAUGAACAGAGGGACAUGUGAAGGAAGGAAACAGAUGAACAGAGGGACAUGUGAAGGAAGGAAACAGAUGAGGGACAUGUGAAGGAAGGAAACAGAUGAACAGAGGGACAUGUGAAGGAAGGAAACAGAUGAACAGAGGGACAUGUGAAGGAAGGAAACAGAUGAAGAACAGAGGGACAUGUGCAGGAAGGAAACAGAUGAACAGAGGGACAUGUGAAGGAAGGAAACAGAUGAUGAAUAGAGGGACAUGUGAAGGAAGGAAACAGAUGAUGAAUAGAGGGACAUGUGAAGGAAGGAAACAGAUGAUGAACAGAGGGACAUGUGAAGGAAGGAAACAGAUGAAUAGAGGGACAUGUGGAAGAAGGACUAAAGCACCGCACGGUAAACGGUAUCCUCUCUAGCUCUGUAAUGAUCGUCUGUUGAAGAAGGUGUGGACCAAAGCACAGCGUGGUAAACGGUAUCCUCUCUAGCUCUGUAACGAUCGUCUGUUGAAGAAGGUGUGGACCAAAGCACAGAGUGGUAAACGGUAUCCUCUCUAGCUCUGUAACGAUCGUCUGUUGAAGAAGGUGUGGACCAAAGCACAGCGUGGUAAACGGUAUCCUCUCUAGCUCUGUAACGAUUGUCUGUUGAAGGAGGACCAAAGCACAGCGUGGUAAACGGUAUCCUCUCUAGCUCUGUAACGAUCAUCUGUUGAAGAAGGUGUGGACCAAAGCACAGCGUGGUAAACGGUAUCCUCUCUAGCUCUGUAACGAUUGUCUGUUGAAGGAGGACCAAAGCACAGUGUGGUAAACGGUAUCCUCUCUAGCUCUGUAACGAUUGUCUGUUGAAGGAGGACCAAAGCACAGCGUGGUAAACGGUAUCCUCUCUAGUUCUGUAACGAUCGUCUGUUGAAGGAGGACCAAAGCACAGCGUGGUAAACGGUAUCCUCUCUAGCUCUGUAACGAUCGUCUGUUGAAGAAGGUGUGGACCAAAGCACCACACGUUACAUACUUUUAUUUCCACUGAACACUAAAUAACAUUAAUAACAAAGAGAUUGAACGAAAACCGGAACAGUCCUGUCAGGUGCAGAAACACAAAACAGAAAAUAACUACCUACAAAAACCCUGUGGGAAAA